CAGCAGAACGGUCGCCUUUAUUAUCUGAGGACAUCGCGCCCAAGGCUUGGAUUUUUUUUAUCCUGCAUUCACAUAUUUCAUCAAGCAUUUCUAUUCUAUAUCAUUUUCUAUUCGUCAUCUUUUCUUUUUGCGCUGCGUUUAUCAUCGCAUCUUUUAUACAGCACACAUUCGGCCAACCACGUCACCAAGUUAUCCAGAGAGAACUUGAACCCAAUCGCCACAAUGUUGACCAACCGCCGAUCCACCAUGAUGAUUCCUCCUCCAACAACACACAAAAGGACGCAAAGUUUUACAGCGGCAUCUCCUAACUAUGAAUCCGAGCCACACUGCCGCACCAGCUCCGUCCUAACAGCCACAACCGACAACCUCCCAGGCCACCGCGUCGUGAAAGUAAUUGGCACAGUCCAUGGCAUCACAACUUGCGCGCGAAAAGAGACGAAGACUUUCCUGAAAUCCAUGGGGAUGGGUAGCGAGGCAAAGAGUCUGACGCACAUGCUAUACAAUGCGCGCGACCAAGCCAUUGAAAGAAUGGUGAGGGACUGCGUGAGCCGGGGAGGCAAUGCGAUUGUUGGAAUAGGAUUUGGAGAGAGUGAGGUCUUGGGAUUCGCGCAGGUCUCCGUGUAUGGCACUGCGGUCUUCGUCGAGAGGCAAUUCAGCAAGGACGAUCCUUUCAACCAGUGACACGCAUUGCUGGUGGUAUAGAGCCGACGGACACUUCGAGCACAAUCGAGUGAUAUCGUAACGCGGCGGAUGAUCCAUCAGGGUAUGGAUAUCUCUUUUCGAGUACAUUCGGAUCAGCGCGAGCAAGUUCUCAGCAGCGACAUAACUAUACGGCGUUCUGUCGGAGUCGAAAGGGAAAAGCGUCGACGAAAUUUUUGAAAAGAAAAACGAUGGCGGAAUCGUUCAAAGGAAGCAAAUUCUUCCAGCUGGCUCUAUUGAUACCAUCGCCGUGGCCAGGGCGACGACAAAAGGGUUAGCAGUGCGUAAUGCAGAAAAACAUGUGUACAUG